AUGCCCGUCGACCUUGGACAAUCGUCUUCCACCGCCUCUCUUUCUCUCCCCCUCACAUUGGAACCCCUCAACAGAUGCAACAAUCCUCUCCCUCCCCCCGCCAAUAAUCCAUCCUCGUCCUCCUCCCUCGAUCAGCAGGAGUCUGCCCCAGCGUUCGCCACCGAUACUAGAUCCCCGGGUGCAGUCCCCCAUGGUACCCCGACGUUGGAACAACCAGGCAGUAUCAAUCCGAACCAGGUCCCAUGGGGCGGUGACCAACGAUACAAGUACCUCUUGGGGGGGGCGGCUCAUGAAGGAGUUUUGGGAGCAGACAAAUCUGGGGACGAAAACGGAGAGAAUGGGGAGGAGGUGCAGUCUCGACAAAAGGCGCAAAGACAACAACGCCAGUCCACGUCGGAACCCUCUUCUGUAUCGACACCCUCCUCGAAUGCCACAGAUGCUGCGUAUGAGCAAAACAAAUUGAUGCCACGUUGGGGCUAG